UCCCGUCCGGCGGCAGGGGCGGGCCGCGGGUGGGGCGCCGGGACGGCCUGGCCUGGCUGGGGACCGCGGCGGGCGCCGGGACCUGGAGGGGACUCUCGGGCCGGCCCGAGGCAGCAUGUGACUCCGACCAGGAUCUGACCCUGAUGGAGGCUGAGGAGCCUGAGCAUGGAGCAUCUGCAUCCAGCCCUGCCAUAGAAGACUUUAAAACUGUCCCUGAAGCUAUCAUGAGGAGCAGUCAGAUCUCUUCCCUUGAGCCUGAAGCUCAAGAAGGCCAAGACCCAUCCUACAAGUGGGCAGAUGGACAUAGACUCUUGAUGAACCAGCCAAAAGAUUUAAGGGACAUGAGAGACCACACACCUGAUAGUGUGGGAUUUUUCUUAAAGGAAGUUUCUUCAGAUGUGGAGAACAACCAGGAAAUCCUUGUGGCUGAGGCCUGUGACACUCCAGACCUGCAGGAAGCAGUAUCCCAGAGCCUUAAAGACCAACUGUCAAGAACAAUAGCUGUCCCGGAGCUCUUGGCCUGUGGUGUUCAGGAAGAAUGGCUAGACAAAUCCAGCCAGCUAGAUAGCAGAGUGGAGGCAGAGCUGCAGCCCGAACUCAUGUCUUUGACAUUGUCGAUUAGCCCAGCAAAAGAAGAGGAAGAAACCCCUCCAGACACCUCUAACGCUAGAGGAUCUUGGCCUUCCUGCAGAAAGCACCCUGGGGAAACUGACCAGUAUGAGGGGGACGGAAGUGAACUGCCGAGCCAGGGGAAACAGCUGCAGCUGGAGGACACACAAGAAAAGCAAGGGCAAGAAGGCCUCCUCCAACCUCUGGAGGCCCAGGGACUGGAGGAACAGGAAGGACAAGAAGUAGAAAUUCAGGAGGAAGGAACUCUGAGGGAAGGCCUUUGUUCUGAUGGUCUUCUGCGGGAGCAGGAAGAGGAGGGAGAGGAGGUUAAUGGCAAUGAGGAUGAACAGAAACAGGAUAAGGACCGAAACCAUAUAAUGCUAGGAGCACAAAGGGAAAGCGAGGGGCUCAGUGAGGAAUUGGGGGUUCUGGAUUACAGUGAGUGUGAUCAAGAGGACUGGGACAGGAAGGUUCAGGGUCAGAGGGAUUCAGAGGAGGAGGAACAGGACAGGGAAAUAAGAGAGGUGGAAGAGAGGAGGGCGAAUGUGCAGUUUGCAGAGGAGCGAAGGUUAGUAGUGCAGUCAGAGAACGUAAGUGGGAAGCAGGCAGAGCAUGGUGACACAGGAACAGUGAUGCCAGUGGAGCGGCAGGAGGAGGUCCUAGACUCAGGUGAGGGGGAGCAAGGGAAUGGGGGAAGGGUUGGGCAGGCCUCGGAGGAAGGGAGGAGAACGGAAGAUGACAAGUGCUGUCCCCUAGUGGAUCCUAUAGCUCCUGAGGGUCUCUCUCCGGGUUCAUUGUUUCCAGGCGUCUCUUGCGUUGAUAGUCCUGGGGUUCAGAGGCAUCCUGUUUCUAAGGAACUGAUACCCCAAGUUCUGUCUCCUGCACUGGAGACAAUAGAAUGGUCUCACCAACCCAUUUCUCCAUCUGCUUCUUUUGCUACUGAAGAAGCCCUUGAAGAUAGGACUCACAACAGCCAGCAAGAAGGAGUCAGGCUAAGGAAGGGGGGAGUAUCCAUCCAGGGGACCGAGGUUGACUCUGCCAGUGUAUCUGAGACUCCUAGGACACCGGAUUCAGCCCCUUUCAGUUCCACCGAAGUCUUCCCCGUUGCUGCCUCCUUGUCACCUGUUAACGCUCAGGUUUUCCUUCCUGGGAAGGACACCCUAGCAGCCUGUCUCUCAACUGACACUUCACCUCAUUGUGGGGCAUUUGAGACUCCUCCCUUACCUGUAAAAACUACUAAGGACCCAUGUGCCACCUCUGACAAGGCCAACCAUCAUAGCCCUCUCUGCAGCUACACUGGAACCACCCAACAUCUAAGAAGUAACUCGUUCCCAGGCUUUCACAGGACAGAACAGACUCCAGAAUCUGUGGGAAUGUCGUCUUCUUUUUCUCAUUCGGAACUGCCGCAGAGGCCCCCCAAACCUGCCAUCUAUGGCUCUCUGAUCCCAAGGAGAGACAGAAGAAGCAGGGACGGUAUCAUCUUUUCAGAUUCCUCUACUGCUUUUUUUCCUGUGAGACAGGACUCCAGAGAAUUUGCUUCAAAUCCAGAGGGACCCAGCAAUCUUUAUGGCAGUCAGCCAUGGAGCUCCCCACAGAGCUCAGCCCUUGCCACAGGCUCUCCUGUGCCUGCUUCUUCUCCAUCCACUGUCUCCAUGGAUAUGAGGAUACAUGAAACUUUGCCCCCUCCUCCCCCAGAAAAGAGACAUAGCUACAGUUCCGUCAUGGAGAGAGACCACCAUCUUCAUGCCGUAACCCCCACACUGAAGCGACAUAGUCAUCCUCCUCCCUUGGCCCUAAGUUCGGGCCUACAUGGAUUUCCUAAAGGCCCAUUUCCCCUAGUUCCUGACUCUUUUGUGGCAAGGCAGCAUCGCCCUCUGCCAUCCACCCCAGAAGACCCCCACCAAGCUCAGACCUCCAUCCCCCCCAGGCUGAGAUACAACAAACCGUUACCCCCAACACCCGACGCUCCUGAGCUCUGCCAUUCUUCAAACUCUCCCUCUAGUGUACCAAAGAAGUACAGGCCUCUACCCCCAGUUCCUCCCUCUGAGCCACCUCCCUUACCCCCCAAGUCCAGGGAAAGAAGCAGGAGUAUCCAGGGGGCAGUUAGACAUCCAGGGGGUCAAGCCAAACCAAGGCCCACUGGCCAAGACUGGACAGUCUCCACUCUGUCUGUUGGACGGACCUCUUGGCCCCCGGCCACAGGCAGAUCAACAGACUCUUUGGCUGCCACCAGUAGGGGUAACAGUGAAGUGUCACCUGGCCUAGCUUUCAGCAACAUGACAAACCUUCUAAGUCCCUCUUCCCCUACCACUCCCUGGAUCCCAGAACUUCAGAGACCUACCAGUAAGGAUGAGUUAGGACUCACUGAAGAGUCUGAGUCCCCAGUGAGAGGAUCGUUUAGAAGAUCAGGCCCUCAGGAGAGAUACAACACACACACACGGAGGUCAUCUUUGGGAUCAAGAAAACAGUCAGAAAAACCCAUCCACCACCAACUGGAGAAGACAUCCAGCUGUCCCGACAGGCAGGACCCAGCGAGGACAGAGGGUGGCAGUGAACUGGCUGUCGGCCAGGCAUCCAACAAGCACAAGAGCUGGAACCGGCAAGGGCUACGGAGACCUUCUCUUUUGCCUGAGAGUGCUUCAGAUUUAAGAAACUCAGGCAUGGGAAGACCUCCUGGCUCUUCAGACUCUGUUGUUUUCCGGGAGAAGAAACCAAAGGAGGGGAUAGGCUUUUCAAGACGUUGCUCCAAGCUCAUCAACUCCUCCCAGCUACUCUAUCAGGAGUACAGUGACGUUGUUCUGAACAAGGAGAUCCAGAGUCAGCAGCGGCUGGAUAGUCUGGCCGAGGGACCUGGAAUCUCUUCCCCUCGGCAUCGCCGAAAGGCAGUGGUGCCUUCGGACUCCUACCUCCAGCGCCUCUCCAUGGCCUCCAGUGGCUCCCUGUGGCAGGAGAUCCCUGUGGUGCGCAACAGUACCGUGCUACUGUCCAUGACCCAUGAAGAUCAAAAACUGCAAGAGGCCAAAUUUGAGCUGAUUGUGUCAGAGGCAUCUUACCUUCGCAGUCUAAACAUAGCUGUGGAUCAUUUCCAACAUUCAGCCCAACUCCGGGCCUCCCUGUCCACCCAGGAUCACCAGUGGCUCUUCUCUCGUCUACAGGAUGUGCGAGAUGUCAGCACCACGUUCCUUUCCGACCUAGAAGAAAACUUCGAGAACAACAUCUUCUCUUUCCAAGUGUGUGAUGUUGUCUUGAACCAUGCCCCUGACUUCCGCCGAGUCUACCUGCCUUAUGUCACCAACCAGACCUAUCAGGAGCGCACCUUCCAAAGUCUAAUGAAUAGCAACAGCAGUUUCCGAGAGGUCUUAGAGAAGCUCGAGAGCGACCCCAUCUGCCAGCGCCUGUCCCUCAAGUCCUUUCUGAUACUGCCUUUCCAGCGGAUCACCCGUCUCAAGCUGCUGCUUCAGAACAUUCUGAAGAGAACCCAGCCUGGCUCCUCAGAAGAGGCAGAGGCCACAAAGGCACACCAUGCCUUGGAGAAGCUGAUCCGGGACUGCAACAGCAAUGUGCAGAGGAUGCGGCGGACAGAGGAGCUCAUCUACCUGAGCCAGAAGAUCGAGUUUGAGUGCAAAAUUUUUCCGCUGAUUUCCCAAUCUCGAUGGCUGGUGAAGAGUGGGGAGCUGACGGCCCUUGAGUUCAGUACCUCCCCAGGGCUGAGGAGGAAACUGACCACUCGUCCAGUCCACCUGCAUCUCUUCAAUGACUGUCUGCUGCUGUCCCGACCCCGAGAGGGCAACCGGUUCCUGGUAUUUGACCAUGCUCCGUUCUCCUCCAUUCGAGGAGAGAAGUGUGAAAUGAAGCUGCAUGGGGCUAACAAGAACCUCUUCCGUGUGUUCCUGCUGCAGAACACACAGGGAGCCCAAGUUGAGUUCCUCUUCCGCACUGACACUCAAAGUGAAAAGCUUCGGUGGAUCUCAGCGUUAGCCAUGCCCAGAGAGGAGCUGGACCUGCUUGAGUGUUAUGAUUCCCCACAAGUUCAGUGCCUCCGAGCCUACAAGCCCCGAGAGAAUGAUGAGUUGGCUCUAGAGAAGGCUGAUGUGGUGAUGGUGACUCAGCAAAGCAGUGAUGGCUGGCUGGAGGGGGUGAGGCUCUCAGAUGGAGAGCAAGGCUGGUUCCCAAUCCAACAAGUAGAGUUCAUUUCAAAUUCAGAGGUCCGUGCACAGAACCUCAAGGAAGCCCAUCGAAUCAAGACUGCCAAACUGCAGCUGGUAGAACAGCAAGUCUAGCUAUUUGGGGAAAGAAUCUUUUGAGCUCAUGAAUAAGCCUUCCUGGAGAUGGUUGGCUCCAGAAACCUGCUGUAGAGGCGUUCUGUGGACCAGAAACUUGGCCUUCUAGAAGCCCCAGGGAUAGCUCAGUCCCUUGCUCCAAUACUUCUUUGCAUUUUGUGCUUGGUAGGGAAUAUGGAGUGACUUCACACUGGAUUCUGGGAUUUCCUUUUCUCAUAGGAAAAGGGACUGUGGGGCCCAAGCCCAGGCAUUGUACUCCUCACUACCAGAUGGUGCGUGUACAUCAUCUGCUGCUUACUUCAGACUCCGAGCUGGCCGGAUGUGAGGUUGUGGACCUGUGUUCCCAGAUGGACCUCAGCCCACUGGAGAGUGGGAUGGGGGUUAGCACAUCAGGUGGGAGGUGAACCUGCUGACCUCUAGGAUAUCUUCUGAUCUAGAGAUUCUCCCCAGUGCAUGCUGUGCGCCUCUGAGGUCUUUGUUUCUUGGUGGCAUGUGAGGGUGGCAUUCUCUCACUCUAAUAAA